GGUAGUAUUAAGUUUCAUCGAGUACAAUAUAUUUAUGUAUAUAUAAAUAAAUAUAAAAGCUUGUGUGCCUCAACUUAACCCUACGUACUAAACAAUGUCUUGGUUCUUUGGAAAGAAAAAACAUCAUAGAGAAACUCCACUUUCUCCCGAGGAUGAAACAAGGCAGUCACACGAAGGAUUUGUUUUUGUGAAACAAAAUCAACCUGGAUCUAAUUACAAUGAAAGAUCAUCCAAUUUAUAUCCUUCGCUGAGUAAUAUAACACCAUAUCCUCCCACUCAAACACCAUUUGUAAAGGAAGGUUUACAAGAAAACAAUAUCAACGAUUUAAGUAAUAUACCAUUUAAAUUUUGUAAGGAAUUAGAAAGGAGUAUAAAUGAAGAUUCUGUAAUUGAUCAACUUCGAUUAGAUGAAAUAGCAAAGUUCUUUAAAAAAGUUAACAAAGCUGAUUAUGACUAUGAAUUUAGUCUUGAGCAAAGUGUUAUUGAUGAAAUGAACAGUCAGACAUAAUAUUGUUAUAUACAAUGUACAUUUUGUUAUAGUGAUCGUAUUUCUUUAAGUAUACAGUAAUUAAGUUAAUUAUUAAUUGUACAAGCAUAUAUUGUACAAGCCAUUAUACGAUACGUAUAUUAGUGUACAAAUUUUUAUAUAAAAGUACAUUUUGAUUUAUAA